UUUUUUUUUUUUUAGAGAAAACUCAAAAAAAGAAGAAGAAGUAAACGUAUGAAAAAAGUUAAAGAUAUUCAAUAUGUCCUAUAUAUACAUUAAGAAAAAAUUAUUAAUCUUGAAUAUAUAAGAAAAUUUUCCGUAGAGUGAUUUGGAUGCAUUCACGUUUCCAACACAUGUUAUUUAAGAUGGUAAUUUGACUUAUGUAUUGCAUUAUUACGAAGGUAUUUGAUUGAACAUGAAGUUCAUAAUAAAAGAAUAUUUUCCAAAUAUGCCAUCCAAAAUAAGUUAUAUAUAUUUGUGUGACAAUAAAUUAUUUUAUUAAAGAUAAAAUGAGAAGUUUAAAAUUAAUUGUCACUACUAAAUACUUCCUCCGUCCCAAACUGAAAUGACACAUUGAUUAAGAAAAAUAAUUAAUAACAUAACUAGUUUACCAUAAUGCCUCUAUUAAAUGAUGUUUAUAUUUUAAUUUGAAGAAAAAGUAAUUAAUGUAAAGGGUAAAACAUGGGAAAAAAAAAUUUGUCCCUUGUUGAUUAAUGAAAAAGACAAGUAAAAUAAAAAAUCAAAUUAAAAAAUUUGAGGCGGAGGGAGUAUAUAAAGAACAUCACUUAAAUUAGGAGAGAGGGAUUUUUAUUUUUUUUUUGGUAAAACGAGAUGUUGUAUUAAAGAAAAGAGUUAAAAUACAUGGGGGGUAGCACAAAAAUAGGAGGACUAUGCCCAGUCAUUUGAGAGUUGCAUAUUGUUCUACAAAAACUUUUGGAGCGAGGGAUUAAUAUAUAUAUAUAUAUAUACUUUGUGAUUUGAGAAUACUAAAGUAGUGCUAGCUGAAAAGAGAACAAACAUGACACCUUAAUUAAAACCUGAAUAGUUUGCCGAAUUUAAUUUCUUAGAAGUUACAUAAAAUUAAAUGGUGUUACAUUUUUGUGACAUCCAAAAAUUAAAAAGUAGUAUCAUAUAAAUUAAUAAAGAGAUUAUAUAUUUAGAUGGCAUUAGGAUUUCAUGUAAAAAAUACUAUUUGAACUUUUACAACAUGAAUAAGCUUGAAAAUUACUCCUUGGAAGUUGGACUUCAGCUGUUUAUGGAAGAAACAAAAGUCGAAGUAAAAGUGCCCACUAGAAUUUGUCCAAACAAGAGACCACAAUUUCUCCAAGUGUAUGGUUAUACUCUUAAGACUUGUAUAAACUGUUAAUUAUAAACAUGAACUAUUAAGAAUUGUUCUCUAUUUUCCACCACAUCAUGUAAUUUAUAAGCCAUGAGUCAUUUACUCUAGACCCUUCAUGAAUGACCAAGUACACACUACCAAAAAUAUCACAUACAAAAUAAGUCCUAGAAACAUCUCCUUGAAAUCCUAUAUAAACUAACUACUAUUAUAACAUGUUUAACAACUUUUCAAACAAAUUUGUCAACUGCCUUCAACUUCCCAAAGUGCAAUACUUAAAUUCAUUAACAGAAAAAGCCUAAGCUGAGGAAAACAAAAUGUCUAGUGCCCUUUCUUUGUCUGCCUCUCAGUUUCCCCUAUGCAAAUCCCAAGACUUCUCUAAAGAUACUCACAAUGCUAAAAUCUCCAGCAAAGAAACCCCUUGUCAGAAAACACAUUCAGACACCAGAGUAGACAGGAGGAAGCUGUUGAGUACUAGUGGCUUGAGCCUUGUAGCAGGGACUUUGUCUAAGCCAGCAGCAAGAGCUGAGACUGAAGCACCAGUUGAGGCAACAUCAAGUAGAAUGUCAUAUUCAAGAUUCUUGGACUACUUGAAUCGAGGUGCUGUCAAGAAAGUUGAUUUCUUCCAGAAUAGUGCUGUUGCUGAGAUAUUGAUCAAUCCCGCACUUAACAAAGUCCAGAGAGUUAAAGUUCAGCUGCCAGGAUUGCCACCAGAAUUGGUGAGGAAACUUGAAGACAAGAAUAUAGAUUUUGCUGCUCAUCUUCCUGAAAUGAAUGUAAUUGGACCCCUUCUUGAUUUACUUGGGAAUUUAGCUUUUCCCUUGAUAUUGCUUGGUGCUUUGCUGUUGAGUAGUUCUUCAAAUACACCUGGAGGGCCAAACUUGCCUUUUGGAUUAGGAAGGAGCAAAGCCAAAUUCCAGAUGGAACCAAAUACAGGAGUAACAUUUGAUGAUGUGGCUGGAGUCGAUGACGCAAAACAAGAUUUUCAAGAGAUUGUUGAAUUCUUGAAGACCCCGGAAAAGUUUGCUGCAGUUGGAGCAAAGAUUCCAAAAGGAGUGCUAUUAGUAGGGCCACCAGGGACAGGGAAGACAUUGCUGGCUAAGGCGAUUGCCGGAGAAGCAGGAGUACCAUUUUUCUCUCUCUCUGGGUCAGAGUUCAUUGAGAUGUUUGUUGGUGUUGGAGCUUCUAGAGUUAGGGACUUAUUCAACAAGGCAAAACAAAAUUCGCCUUGCAUAAUAUUUAUUGAUGAAAUUGAUGCUGUUGGGAGGCAGAGAGGAACUGGUAUUGGUGGAGGUAAUGAUGAAAGAGAGCAGACACUCAACCAACUUCUCACUGAGAUGGAUGGUUUUACUGGAAACACUGGAGUCAUUGUCAUUGCUGCUACUAAUCGGCCUGAAAUUCUUGAUCAAGCUUUGCUUAGACCUGGAAGGUUUGAUAGACAGGUAUCUGUUGGAUUGCCUGAUAUAAAGGGAAGGGAAGACAUAUUGAAGGUUUACAGUAACAAGAAGCUUGAUAAAGAUGUGUCUCUAAGUGUUAUUGCAAUGAGAACACCAGGAUUCAGUGGUGCAGAUCUAGCAAACCUCAUGAAUGAAGCUGCCAUUCUAGCUGGAAGGAGAGGAAAAGAUAAGAUUACCUCGAAAGAGAUUGAUGAUUCCAUCGAUAGAAUUGUUGCUGGAAUGGAAGGAACGACCAUGACAGACGGAAAGAACAAGAUUCUAGUUGCAUAUCAUGAAGUUGGACAUGCUGUCUGCGCGACAUUGACCCCUGGCCAUGAUGCAGUACAGAAAGUCACGUUGAUCCCAAGAGGGCAAGCUCGCGGUCUUACAUGGUUCAUUCCUGGUGAAGAUCCAAGCUUAAUCUCUAAGCAGCAACUCUUUGCUAGAAUAGUGGGAGGCUUAGGAGGUAGAGCAGCAGAGGAAGUAAUUUUUGGUGAACCAGAAAUCACUACUGGUGCAGCAGGAGACUUGCAACAAAUAACUCAAAUAGCACGACAGAUGGUGACAAUGUUUGGGAUGUCUGAGAUCGGACCAUGGGCGUUAACUGAUCCAGCAACACAAAGUGGCGAUGUGGUGCUAAGAAUGCUAGCGAGGAAUCAAAUGUCAGAAAAACUAGCAGAAGACAUCGAUGAAUCUGUGAGGCACAUAAUUGAGAGAGCAUAUGAAAUUGCAAAGAACCACAUAAGGAACAACAGGGAGGCAAUCGACAAGUUGGUGGACGCGUUGCUAGAAAAGGAGACACUUACAGGAGAUGAGUUCAGGGCCAUUCUCUCAGAAUUCACUGAUAUCCCAUCAGCUAACAUAGACAGUAAACCAAUUAGGGAACUGAUUGAGGCUUAAACAAAAUUACUUACAAUGUACAGCUGCAGAAACUAAACACUUCACAAGAUUUUACAUGUAUAAUGUAGUGCAGAGAGCAAGAUCACUGUAAUAUAAUCUUCAUUUAUGUAGCGUGCAAAGAUCUAUCCCCUUCAAUAAAGCAUUUUAGUUUUCCACAUACCAAA